GAAUGUGAACUUACAACGAAUUUUUUUGUUAUGGUUAUUAUCAGCUUUGUAGACAGGUAAAUACUAGUGACUGUAAUGAUCUAUUCCUCUCAGAUUUAAUGCACUUAGUUGUCUGUCUACCGACAAACUUUGAUAAAAUUCAUUGCUUUGGCUUUUUGGGCAAACCUUAGUAACUGAAAGAUGUCUAAAGUAAAACCGAAUAAGAAAGAAUCGACUCCGAACGCGAAGAUCUCUCAGGCCACAAAUGGGAAGGAAAAGCAAAAAUCAGGAAAGAAAAAAAAGAAAAGAUUUUUUAAGCAAACCGAAAAGAAAGACAUUGUGAAAGAUGGACAUAAGAGCAAAACUGCUCUUCCCCCAAAAGACGCAAAGGAGUUCUCGGCUAACUGGAAGAGUCUGUUAGAGGUGCUUAAAUCAAGCCCUGAUGUGAAAAAUGCACAAACAAACCAUUUGAAUAAAACCAACAGGGAAAAGGAGGAACAUCAAAAGAAAAUUCAUAAAGAGAAUCCCAAACUCACCAGAGCAACGCAGCCAAGUCCUGGAAAAUUAAUCAAAAAUGGUGACAGUACUUUUUCUAACCAAGGAAACAAGAAAGAGACCAAAGCUGGGAAAAGGAAAGCAACUGAAUCCCAUACAGGGAAAGAAAAAACAAGAAACAGCAAGAAAACAAGAGUAGAAGUUGAGAAAAAGACAGCCGAGGCUGAUCUCUGGUUUGAUGAUGUUGACCCUGAUGACCUUGAGGCUGCCGUGGGCCCAGAAGCAGCAGACAUCUUCCGAAGGAAACACGGCCUACAGAAGAGUGACCCACAGACCACUGAGAGGGCUCUGGUGAAGGAGCAUGCCUAUGAAGGGCUGACUCGAGCAGUUGCCAUGGACUGUGAGAUGGUGGGGGUGGGUCCAAGUGGAGAGGACAGUAUUGUGGCCAGAGUAUCCAUCGUUAACCAGUUUGGCAAAUGCAUCUAUGACAAAUUCGUCAAACCCACAGAGAAAGUAACUGACUACAGAACAGCGAUCAGCGGUAUCCGGCCAGAGGACAUCAGAGACGGUGAAGAUGUGAAAGUGGUCCAGAAAGAGGUCGCAGAGAUUCUUCAGGGCAGGAUCCUUGUGGGUCAUGCCAUUCACAAUGAUUUAAAGGUUUUGCUUUUGAAUCAUCCAAAGAAGAAAAUCAGAGACACACAGAAAUACAAACCCUUUAAGACACUUGUAAAGAGUAGUCGGCCAGCGUUGAAGGAGCUCUGUAAACAGAUGCUGAACGUUGACGUCCAACGUGGAGAACACUCAUCUGUCCAAGAUGCCCAGGCCACAAUGAGGUUGUACACCCUGGUGAAGAAGCGGUGGGAGGCAGAGCUGAAAGCCAGCAGAGAGCAAAAAGCAGACAAAGCUGCCAACUCACAAAUGCAGCCAAAAUGACCUGAGAUCACCCCAAGAGAGUUGUGCACCACAGAGAUGGAAGGGCUUGAAAACAAACUCUAACUGAUCCCAGAUCAGCCACAGAUUAAAACUCCAUCCAGACGUUACUGGUGGAUUGAAAACCUGUUCCAGGAAUGUGCUUAUGUUCUCAUUAAGGUGCAGAGAGCUUUGUCUUUUGUGAAACUUUUGAGUCAUUUUAAAGAUACAAAACAAGCUUAUUUCUGCUAAAUGAUAAAGAGCAGCCAAAGUGAGCCAACUUCCUCUGGAGUUUGAAGACUGCCCAGAUCUGCAUCUGAUAUGUUGAAUCUUGGACAAUACCACAGCAGCAGGCAAACCAGCGUUCAUACGUUCUAAAGCUCUCUGCUUGAUCUUGUUGCCUGUUGAUUCCUUUAUCUGAACUUGCCUUUAGAUCCCUGUCUUUGCUAACCCAGUUUCAGAGACAGAAGGGAAAAAAUAAUAGUGAGAGAGAAAAUGGUUGCCAACAAUGAGGUCAGGAUUGGACCAAACAACCAUUCUGUUCAUUCUUGUCCGGUUUACCUGUGGCUUUACACAUUGUGUUUUUCAGUUCAAACGUUUUUGGCCAAUAUGAAUGUUUUACUGCUCUGUGUUUGUCAGUGGCAAGUCAGACUCUCAGAGGUCUGUGUGUUCUGAUCUUAAAAUUAUUGAGAAUGACUGUGAAAGAAUUAUA